CGCAAUAUGACAUUCAAAGUAGUGGUAUUUGCUGCGUUUGUAGCCGUCGCCCAAGCCGGAAUUCUAAAUGGACCAGUAGGAUACCCAGCCCCUGUUGCUCCUUUGUCCUAUUCUACACCGUUUGCGUACUCCGCCCCAGUUGCCCAUGUAGCCGCCCCAUUAGCUUACACCUCACCUCUAACUACCGUAGCUAAAGUAGCCGCCCCUGUGGCAGUCGCCAAAACCGUCGUACAGGAAGAAUACGACCCCAACCCCCAGUACUCCUUCGGAUACGAAGUGCAAGACGCUCUGACCGGAGACAGCAAGGGACAAGUUGAGACCCGCAACGGAGAUGCAGUACAAGGAUCUUACUCAGUUGUAGAUCCAGAUGGUACCAAACGUACCGUCGAAUACACCGCCGAUCCUCUGAACGGAUUUAACGCUGUGGUCCACAAGGAACCUCUUGUAGCAAGUCCAGCAUCCGUGGCGUACGCUGCUCCAGCUCCUGUGGCAUACGCCGCUCCAGCCUCCGUGGCAUAUGCAGCUCCAGCCUCCGUGGCAUAUGCAGCUCCAGCAAUCGCGAAAGUUGCGAAAUUCGGCGCUCCCCUGACUUACUUGCACUGAUUUUAGUUGUAGUAUUGUAUUUAUUAUUCAAUAUACCUUUAUUGUUUAAGUUAUUGUCUUUUAAUUGUAAAGAAGAUAUUGUUGGGUACAAGUUCAAUGCCUAUUCAACAACUCAUA